AUGGGCAGAUCAAAGCGAGGGGUUAGGUUUCCCCACAACAACGGCCAGGCCAGCGGCUCCGAGGGUCGCCGUUCCAGCUUCAGCGAUGCCAGUGAGGAUGGGAGCGCUUCUCCCUCGCGGGCCAGAAGGGUCCAGGCACAACUCGCUCCCGUCCAAGAGAAACCUCCCACCCCCGAAGAAGAGUACCAGAAGAAAAAGGCCAACUUCAUUACCCGAACCUUCUGGACGCUUUGCAUGCUAGGCGCCUUCUUUACCGCCCUCUUCAUGGGCCACAUCUACAUCAUCAUCGUCGUCACCAUGGUCCAGAUCGUUUCCUUCAAGGAAGUCAUAGCCAUUGCCAACGUUCCGAGCCGAGCCCGGUCCCUUCGAUCUACCAAGAGCCUCAACUGGUACUGGUUAGCCACCACCAUGUAUUUCCUCUACGGCGAAAGCGUCAUAUACUACUUCAAGCACAUUGUCCUGGUCGACAAGGUCCUGCUGCCCCUUGCCACCCACCAUCGCUUCAUUAGCUUUAUCCUCUAUGUUUUCGGCUUCGUCUUCUUCGUUGCCUCACUUCAAGCCGGGCACUACAAGUUCCAAUUUACCAACUUUGCAUGGACGCACAUGGCGCUGUACCUCAUCGUUGUCCAGGCCCAUUUCGUCAUGAAUAAUGUCUUUGAGGGCAUGAUCUGGUUCUUCUUACCCGCCGCCCUCGUCAUUACAAACGACAUUUUUGCCUACAUUUGCGGCAUCGCCUUUGGCCGCACCCAGCUCAUCAAAUUGUCCCCCAAGAAGACCGUGGAGGGAUUUGUUGGGGCUUGGAUUGCCACUGUUCUGUUCGGCAUGGUCCUCGUGAACCUGAUGAUCCGGUCCAAGUACUUCAUCUGCCCGGUCAAUGACCUUGGCGCCACCAUUUUCACCGGCCUCCAAUGCGACCCGAAUCCCGUUUUCAUACCUCGCACCUACCACAUGCCCCGAUUAUUCUUCUUGCCGCCAAGCUUCGCGAAUAUCUCCUUCACGUUUGCUCCUAUGCAGCUUCACGCGCUCGUCUUGGCGUCAUUUGCCUCCCUCAUCGCUCCGUUCGGAGGCUUCUUUGCUUCUGGGCUGAAGCGCAGCUUCAAGAUCAAGGACUUUGGCGACUCGAUUCCCGGACAUGGCGGCAUGACGGACCGCAUGGACUGCCAGUUCAUCAUGGGAUUCUUCGCGUACAUGUACUACCACACCUUCAUCGCGCUCUACAAGGUCAACGUCGGAACAGUUCUCGAGACUGCCAUCACGAGCUUGAGCCCAGAAGAGCAAAUCGAGCUGGUCAAGAGCAUGUCGCGGUACCUGGGCAACCAGGGUGUCGUGUCCGAAAAGUUCCUUGAGUGCGUUGAGCGGACAAUCAGCAGCUGA